AUGCUUCGGCCCAACCUUAAUGCGAGCUCUGGGCAGCCAGGUAAAACUGUCGUUGAGCCCGGCAACUGUUGCGGGACGGGGCAUCCGAUGUGCCUGUGCGCACGCGACCGCUCGUUAUUAACCAACUUUCUAUCACUUUCCCUAGUAGAGAUCGCAAAGGCCUGCGUGGAGAGCCAAGCUCCGGGCAUAAUAUUAACCGGAAUCAAACACUUAAAAUGCUUGUUCCUGUUUAGCUCUGGGCAGCCUGUGAUAGUCUCGACGAUCGACAUAUUAGAGUUAUUCUAG